CUUAGGAAUUAGCUUUAUGACAUCAUUAGUGCAAUAGCGCAAAUGAAAUGUAAUUAUUUCUUUUUGGUAUAUAAUCGCUGUCACCAUUGUGAGACCAUCAGUUGGUGAAGUCCUGUCAAGGAGCUUAGAUAAAUAUUAAGUGUAACUUUGAAGAAAAUGGGAAGCGUCAUAUUUAUUUAUAUUGCUUCACUAGCAUCCAUUUUUGGAUCUUUAUCGGCUUAUUCAAUCUCUUUCAGAAGACCAUGCAGAGAUAUGUCUCCAGAAUGCCUGAAGCAAUCCUUGCAGAAGGCCUUACCGGCCUUUGCAAACGGCAUUCCUGAGCUGGGUAUAGAAGCCCUCGACCCCUACAUAUUGAAGGAACUAAGUUUGAACCUACCCGGAGGGAUCGAUAUAGCCUUUAGUCACGGCUACGCCAAAGGACUAAAGAAGUGCAUUGUUGAUUUUGCAAGGUAUGACGAAGAUACAUUUGAAGCGCAACUACAUUGUAAUUUGACCAUUAAAGGAAAAUACAAGUCCUCUGGGAGACUUCUCGUGUUUCCUAUUGAUGGAGAUGGAGAGUCUACUAUUAAGUGCAAUAACAUCAAACUGCACGCUGUCCUUAAGCUGGGAACACAAGUGAAGACAGAUGGACAAAGUUAUUUAUAUGUGAAGAGUUCUACUUUCGAUCACAGCUACGAUGGGAGAGUCAGCUAUAGUAUGACAAACCUCUUCAAGGGAAGUCCCGAAAUAAGUAAUGCAGUUCUGGAGUUCAUGAACAGCAAUUGGAGAAUGGUAGCCGAAGAAUUCGGUACUCCUAUGGUGGAUUACGGCGUGAACUCAGUGCUGAAAAAUAUAAGGAGGCUCUUCGAAGUCGUGCCUAUAGAUGAACUGAAAAAACUGUAAUUUGUGCAAUGUGUUGCAAAGUGAAACUUAUGUAAAAGAAUAAGAGUUUAAUAUAGUAUGACAUGUAGUACCUAUUCUUAGGGUUUUAUACUUACAAUCCUUUAUGAGUAUUUUAUAAAAGGUUUAUUUGCGCUAAGCCCAAUGUACUAUAGGUCAGUUAGAAGUCGUGAGGGCAGAUCCUGUUCAAUGUAUGUUUUACCUAAAUGUCAGUUUUAUGAGUAUCCAAAACCCACAUAUAAUUUUAA